UUCCCCUCCCCACCUUGUUGCCUCCAAUCACUCACCGCAUCAGCCUUCCAAAUCCAGGUCGUCGUUGUGAUUCCAGAGCCCAGCCUCACUCCCGUCAGUAACCCGAAUCUCUGUUCAGCCUUUCGCUGUCUCGUGUCGAUCGUUACACUAGAGCAGUGCUAAGCGUUGCCCGACGCAAUCCUCUCUCGUUAUCAACCCACCUCCUACAAUGGACAACAGCAGCGGCUCCUCCCCCGAGGAUCCCGACAACCCGCACUCAGCGGCGGGCUCGUCCUUCAAAUCCGCGGAGGAGGCUCUAGCGUCGUUGACGGUGGCGGGAUCGCAGGAUAGCGGCAAGGACGAGGCGUCUAGUUCAAGGGGGGACAAGGGCAAAGCCGUCGCUGCCGCAGCCCCCGCUAAGCCCGCGCUCCCCGCGCCUCUCAGCGGGCCUCUCGCGCUCAUGUCGCAGCUCAUGGGUCAGCAACCGCGCCGCCAUCUCUUUUGGGAGACGCAGCCGGUCGUCGGCGGCACUGACGGCGCGGCAUCUCAGCCAGGAGCUGCCAGCAGUGGCGCCGGUAGCGAAGCAGGCGAGGACGGUAGCGGCAGCAUCGGCGGCGGUGGCGGCGUAGAUCUUUUGGAGGAGGGCCCGAUCGAGCCGCCGACGCCGCUGGAGCAGGUGCGCGCGGAGCCGUACGCGCUGCCGGCGGCGUACGAGUGGUGCACGUGCGACGUGGAUAGCGACGCGGAGAUGCGCGAGGUGUACGUGCUGCUGACGAAUAACUACGUGGAGGAUGACGACAACAUGUUCCGAUUCGACUACUCGCAGGAGUUCCUCCGCUGGGCGCUUAAACCCCCGGGGUUCUACAAGUCGUGGCACGUCGGCGUGCGCGCGCGCCAGUCUCGCAAGCUCGUCGCGUUUAUCACGGGCGUGCCCGCCACGGUGCGCCUUCGCGAGAAUCUGGUGCGCCUGGCGGAGAUUAACUUCCUCUGCGUGCACAAGAAGCUGCGCUCGAAGCGCCUCGCGCCCGUGCUGAUUAAAGAGGUAACGCGGCGCGUGCACCUGCAAGGGAUCUGGCAGGCGGUGUACACCGCAGGGGUGGUGCUCCCCACGCCCGUGACCACCGCGCAGUACUGGCACCGGUCGCUAAACCCGAAGAAAUUAAUCGACGUGGGGUUCUCGCGCCUCGCGCCGCGAAUGACCAUGUCGCGCACCAUCAAGCUGUACCGCCUGCCGGAGCAGCCCGCGACGCCCGGGCUGCGCGCCAUGGAGCGGCGCGACGUGCCGGCCGUGUGCCGGCUGCUCAAGUCUUACCUCUCGCAGUUCGUGAUCGCGCCGGAGUUGAGCGAGGCGGAGGUGGAGCACCUGCUGCUGCCGAUUAAAGACGUAAUUGACUCGUUCGUCGUGGAGGACCCCCAGACGCACGAGCUGACGGACCUGGUGUCGUUCUACACGCUGCCGUCGACCAUCAUCGGGAACGACAACUACAGCAAGCUCAAGGCGGCGUACUCGUUCUACAACGUGGCGACGGCGACGCCGCUGCUGCAGCUGAUGAACGACGCGCUGAUCCUGGCGCGGCGGAGCGAGUACGACGUGUUCAACGCGCUGGACAUCAUGCAGAACGCGUCGUUCCUCAAGACGCUCAAGUUCGGCCCCGGCGACGGGCACCUGCACUACUACCUCUACAACUACCGCAUGCACGGGCCGUUCCAACCAGUGCAGCUCGGCCUCGUGCUGCUGUGACACGUGUUGCAUGUGCCGCACUGCCUCCCACUGCCCGCCUCCCACUGCUUGCCCCCCAAUGCAUUCCUGCCAAUGCCUGCCUGCUGCCAAUGCAUGCCUGCAAGCCAAUGCCCGUCUCCCAUUGCCGCUGCCCACCUUAUGCCCACAGCGUCGCUGUCAUUGCCAUUCCGCCUGGUCGCCCUGUGCAUCCAAUCCAACCCCCUUCAUCGGCACCUCACAGCCCAUGCUGCCUGCCACUCUGCUGCUGCCCCCUCGUUCUCCCGCCUCUUGCCGCGCCUUACCUGCACCCUCUUCCCCCAUCAUCACCCGCCCCUUGUGUCCCUCAGAGACCCACUCUCCCUCCUCCCGCCUCCCCUUACUCCCACUGGUUGUCUCUUCCUCGUGCACCUUGUGCUCUGCCCACUGAUUGGUGCAUCCAUGGAAGAGCAAGCGGUCGGGUGGUCUGCCGUAUCUCGUGUGUUGUCAGUACCCCACUAUUCUACAUGCCUGCUGCUAGUGAACGUGCUGGCAGUGCUGCUGCUGCUGGUGCUAGUGAUAGGAGUAAAGACUGGGUGGUGCUAGGGAUAGAAGUAGUCCCUUGGCUUUUGAAACUGCAGAAGAUGCAAGUACCAAAACGCUUCUACGGUGCGUAUUUUGUACCGCGGUGUCUAGAAUUGUGACUAGUGCUGGUACAUUAACCUUUUUUCAUAACUGUUGAUG